GAGAGGGAGGCCCUGCCGCUGUGUCUCCAGUACAGCAGUUGCACACCGCGCUGUUGCGGGAGUGUUUUGUCGUUUCUGCGGGGCUUCCUUCGGCGGUACAAACAGACAUUUGUGCCGUAACAGUGAUUCCACCGCAGUGCAGCCGGACAGCGGCACAGAAUGGCGUCCCUCUCUGAGCAGCUGCAGGAUGUGCGGAGUCAGGCUGAAGUGUGUCUGUAUUCUGGGGGCAGAGUGGUGGAUCUGCGGGCUGGGGUAGUGGCCAUGGCUAAUCUGCCCUUACCACCCUGCUCUAAAUACCACCACAUUGCUGCAGAAACGAUGGUCAUAGAGAACAGCUUUGGCAGAAACAGGAAGGAGACUCUUGGAUCUCUUCAGCGCUUAUCUACAGCGCUUAACAUCCUCGAAAAGUAUGGCUGUAAUCUGACAAAUCCCAACAGGCCAAAGUACUGGAGGACUGUAAAACACAACAACCCAGUGUUCAGGGCCACAGUUGAUGCUAUCCAGGGAGGACGCGCUGUACUCUGUCUCUAUGGUUACUCUAAUCAGCAGCCAGAUGGACUCAGUUUCCCUGAUGAUGUUACAGAUCCUGAUGUGGGCAGAGUUGCUGCGGUAACUCUGGAAGUGAUGAGCCUGAGAAUGGAACUAGAAAUGCUUAUCAAGGAGGCUCAUCCCCAUCCUGAAUUCUAUGAGAGAAUCAUUCCUACACUCAGACACAAGGAUGUGGGACUCAACACUGAUGCUGUGAUCUCGUCACGCCAUGCAGACAGCCAGACCAAGUCUCUAGCUUUUUCCCUAUACCGUCGAUCCUCCAGGGAGAGCAACCGCAGCCACUCGCUCUCUGCCAACAACCAAAGCCUCAGGUCCAUUCAGGUCUUUUCCACCUUCUCAAGCAAACAUCCAGAGAACUGCGCUAUUUGCGGAAUAUUUCGCAUCUCAGCCCACUGCCUCACCUGCCUCCAGGGGCUGUGCUCAGACUGUGACAGACUGUAUCACUCCUACCCUGAGAGAGCCAACCACCAUCGAACAGCUGUCACGUCAUCAACUUCAUCCAAAAACAGGAGCAAUGAAGGGUCAGGAUAAGCAGUUCUUGGCAAAAUGUACUUGUGUCUUACAAGGGUGCAGUAAUCCUCAGA